UUGUCAUGGUGGUAGUAGUGACGGUCAGAAUCUUUUCAUUUUGAUUGUUAUUACUUUAUUUUAACAAAAUACCGUGAAAAUCAUUUGGUAUAAUUAAUAAAGAACCACAUCAAAAUGACAGAGUAUUGGCUGAUAUCUGCACCAGGUGACAAGACCUGCCAGCAGACAUGGGAGACGAUGAACAAUGUCACCAGCAAACAAAAUUCAUUAUCUGUCAACUACAAAUUUCAUAUACCAGACCUUAAGGUCGGUACAUUAGAUCAGCUCGUAGGUCUGUCUGAUGAUCUAGGCAAGCUCGAUGUAUUUGUUGAGCAGAUCACUCGUAAGGUAGCAACAUACCUUGGUGAGGUUCUUGAGGACCAACGUGAUAAACUUCACGAGAAUUUAAUGGCAAACAACAGCGAUCUGCCAUCUUACAUAACUCGCUUCCAGUGGGACAUGGCCAAGUACCCAAUCAAGCAAUCUCUUCGUAACAUCUCGGACAUUAUCAGCAAGCAAGUUGGACAGAUCGAUGCCGACUUGAAAACAAAAUCUCAGGCGUACAACAAUUUGAAAGGCAGUUUGCAGAACUUGGAGAAGAAGCAAACUGGAAGCUUGUUAACCAGGAAUUUAGCCGAUCUUGUCAAGAAGGAGCAUUUCAUCUUGGAUUCUGAAUACUUGACCACUCUUUUGGUUAUUGUACCCAAGGCCUCUUUCAAUGAUUGGAACCUGCACUACGAAAAACUGACCGACAUGAUCGUACCGCGCUCUACACAGCUCGUCUCACAAGAUCAAGAUUACGGUCUUUUCACAGUUUCGUUAUUCAAGAAAGUCGUAGACGAGUUCAAACUCCACGCUCGCGAGAAGAAAUUCAUCGUCCGCGAUUUCUCAUACAAUGAGGAGGAAUUGGCGGCUGGCAAGAACGAAAUCACCAAACUUGUCACUGACAAGAAGAAGCAAUUUGGUCCAUUGGUUAGAUGGCUGAAGGUGAACUUCAGCGAAUGCUUCUGUGCAUGGAUCCAUGUUAAGGCGCUACGAGUUUUUGUUGAGUCAGUACUCAGAUACGGCUUGCCUGUAAAUUUCCAAGCGAUAAUCUUGCACCCAAAUAAGAAGAGCAUCAAGAGAUUACGAGAUGUGCUCAAUCAAUUGUACGGACACUUGGACAGCAGUGCUCUACAAAGCUCCGGUGCUUCUGAGAACGUUGAUAUUCCUGGUCUGGGUUUUGGCCAAGCUGAUUACUAUCCAUAUGUCUACUAUAAACUGAACGUCGAUAUGGUUGACAACAAAGUUUAAAACAAACAAGAUGUAAAAUUUAAGCCAAUUAUUAAAUCACACACAAAAAACAUAUAUAUGUAUAUGAUGAUGAAGCUGAUCGAAUGAAUCCGUACUCAGAUAUGUUAAAUGUAAAAAAAUUUUAAUCAAGUAUUAUUAAAUCAUAUUUUAUCUGUAUAAUCAAAAUUUACCGAAUCACUUGCAUUUUUUUAUAAGUACGGUUGAACCGUUCAAGUAUUUUAUAAGUGAUGUCUCUGAUUGUGUAUUUUUCAAGGCACUUGAUUUUAUGUUCAUUGUUUUAAUAUCAAUGUGCCUUCUCGGUAGUAUAUAAAUUUUACAUAGUAAAUCCUGUUUUUGAUUUUAUCGCACAUUUUUUGUGUUGUUUUAAAUUAAUUUUACAAGAGACCAUCACUUAUAAGCUGUAAUUUUACUAAAACUAAAGUACAAUGGUAUUAUAUUUUAUUCAGGCUGGCUGAUUUAUGUGUAAAUUAUUGAAAAAUUGUUAACUAUUGAACAUAUAUAUAAAUAUAGGUUAAAUAUUGUAAAUUUUAUUUAAGUCUUCAAACCGACCCUACAUGUCCCCUUGAAAUUUUACUUCCCUGUGUAGAAAAAUGUCUUUUCGAUAUAUUGUUGUAUAUCUUGAUGUAUUCUAGUUUAUUAUAAUUUGUUGCAAGUUUGUUGUUCAAAAUGAUAAUAAUACAUAUGAUACACAAUAAUAGGAUAAUGAUUAACAAUACAAAAACCCAUAUUAUGUAGUGUGUAUUAUUUGAAACAUGUAAAUAAAAACAUUCCAC